CAUCUGCUUUUCUCUGCAAUAUCUUGUAAGACAAACUAGUUGAAUCUCUCGUCUCUGCAUCUCCAUCAAUGGACCACAAAUCCGAUAACCAUCACAAGAAGCCAUCUCCGUCUGAGUUGCUCUCCAGCGCCAAGCAGGUUGCUGAGGCUGCGAAAGCCACGCUUCAUCACGGCAACACCAAGAUCGACAAGGCCAAAAUGGCCGGAGCUGCCGCGGAUCUUCUAGCCGCAGCCUCGCACUAUGGGAAGCUGGAGGGGAAAAGCCUCGGCAAAUAUGUUGGAAAAGCUGAAAACUAUCUCCAUCAAUAUCACACCUCUCAUUCCACCUCCUCCGCCGCUAACGAGCACUCCAGCCAUGGUUCAGGAACUGGGUACGGAGAUUACUUAAAGGUGGCUCAAGGUUUCUUAAAGAAACACUGAUUAUACUCAUCUAUGUCAGUUUGUCUUUUAGUUUUUAGUGAUAUAAUCAAAUCAUGCUUGUGGGUUGUUUCUCAUUUUGUUUAUAAGUUUUACUUGUUGAAUCUGGAUUUUAUCACUGUUUAAUUUUAGCUUAUCCAACAUGGUUGGUAAUGGGAUCAGUUUCUACCCAUGAUGAUUUUCACUCGUUGAAACAUCAAAUAGUUUUAUAGAAAAAUAAAACAUCAAUCAUAGGAGCCAUGUAAAUACAGUUCAUGUUUAAGAAAUGUUGUGCUUAUGCUGUGUC